AUGUCGAGUGAUGAUAAAAAUAAGCCGAGCGAUCCGAAGAAUGAGCCCAAGAACUGUGACCCAAAAUGUGAACCAAAGAUUGAGACCAAAUGCCAACCCAGCUGUUUAAAGAAGCUGCUGCAACGGUGCUCUGAAAAGUGCCCCCGGGAAAAGUGCCCACCACCGCCCAAGUGCCCCCCAUGCCCCCCGCCAUGUCCCAAGCCAUGCCCCCCGCCGUGUCCCAAGCCAUGCCCAUGCCCACCGCCAUGCCCUCCCAAGCCGUGUUCUAAGCCCUGUCCUCCUAAAUGCCCGCCUUGCCCACCCCAGUGCCCUCCCCCGGAGUGA